UAAAGUAGUUGUCGUACAUCUAUGUUAAAUUAAUCUCUGGUUUCAUUUUUUUUUUAAUGGAAAAAAUGACUUUUGGCGAAAAAUAAACGACAAACACGUGUCGAUUGUAAUAAAACAGCCGGUAUUGUGUUUUUUAUAAGAAAAACGCGUGAAUAAAUAAAGUUCAAUAAUGGCGACAAAGUUGCCGGAAACAAUAAAUUUUCCUCAAGAGGAAGAAGUUGUUUUGGAUUUGUGGAAUAAAUUGGAUGUUUUUCAAAAAUGUCUACAACAAUCAAAAGGCAAGCCAAGAUAUUCUUUUUAUGAUGGUCCACCUUUUGCAACAGGAUUACCUCAUUAUGGACACAUUUUAGCGGGAACGAUAAAAGAUAUUGUCACUAGAUACGCACAUCAAAAUGGUUAUCACGUUGAUCGUAGAUUUGGUUGGGAUACUCAUGGACUUCCAGUCGAAUAUGAAAUUGACAACGCUCUGGGUAUCAAGGGCCCCGACGAUGUUGCCAAAAUGGGUAUAGCAAAUUAUAAUAAUGAAUGUCGAAAAAUUGUUAUGCGCUAUGCAACCGAAUGGGAAAAAAUAGUCGGUCGUAUUGGUCGUUGGAUUGAUUUUAAAAAUGAUUACAAAACACUUUAUCCAUGGUAUAUGGAAACAAUUUGGUGGGUUUUUAAAGAAUUAUUCAAUAAGGGCCUCGUUUAUCAGGGCGUAAAAGUUGUACCAUUUUCAACUGGUUGCAAUACACCUUUGUCAAAUUUCGAAGCCGGACAAAAUUACAAAGAUGUCAUUGAUCCAUCGGUGGUUGUUGCAUUUCCACUUAUUGAUGAGCCAAAUGUUUCACUUCUCGCCUGGACAACAACACCAUGGACACUACCAAGUAAUCUUGCAUUGUGCUGUAAUGCCGACUAUGAAUAUCUUGAAAUUAUCGAUUCAGCAACGGGUAAAAUUUACAUAAUUCUUGAAUCAAGUUUAGAAGUUGUUUAUAAAUCAAAGGAUCAUUAUACUGUUAAGGGUAAAAGAAAGGGUAGUGAAUUAAAGGGGAAAUCUUAUGAGCCACCAUUUGAUUAUUUUGCACAUCUUCGAAAGAAAGGUGCAUUUGUUGUGUUGAAUGAUAAUUAUGUGACUGCGGGAUCGGGUACGGGAAUUGUUCAUCAGGCACCAUAUUUCGGUGAGGAUGAUUAUAGAUGUUGUCUUGCAGCUGGAAUUAUCACUAAGGAACAAGAAAUGGUGUGUCCUGUGGAUAAUUGUGGUAAAUUUACAGAACCAGUGAGUGAAUUUAAAGGGGUUUUUGUAAAAACGGCCGACAAGGAGAUAAUGAAAAUUUUAAAAACAAAGGGAAAAUUAAUUCACAGUGGAACAACGACACAUAGUUAUCCAUUUUGUUGGCGUUCAGAUACGCCAUUGCUUUAUAAAGCUGUGCCAUCUUGGUUUGUUCGUGUAACAAUGAUUAAGGAUCGUCUUAUGAAGACAUAUUCGGAGACUUAUUGGGUGCCAGAGUAUGUGAAGGAGAAAAGAUUUGCCAAUUGGUUGGAGAAUGCACGCGAUUGGGCAAUUAGUCGUAAUCGUUAUUGGGGUAAUCCAAUUCCCCUUUGGAUAUCGGAGGAUGGUAAGGAGAUUAUGUGCAUUGGAAGUAUUGCCGAAUUGGAACAAUUAACUGGUGUUAAAAUAACUGAUAUUCAUCGUGAGAGUAUUGAUAAUUUAACAAUACCAUCAAAACGACCUGGACAACCGCCAUUGAGAAGAAUUAGUGAAGUUUUUGAUUGUUGGUUUGAAUCGGGUUCAAUGCCCUAUGCACAAAUGCAUUAUCCAUUUGAAAAAAUUAAAGAAUUUGAAGAGAGUUUUCCCGCUGAUUUUAUUGCUGAGGGUAUUGAUCAAACGCGCGGUUGGUUUUAUACAUUGUUGGUGAUAUCAACUGCAUUGUUUGGUAAGGCGCCAUUUAAAAAUUUAAUUGCAAAUGGAUUGAUAUUGGCGGGCGAUGGUCAAAAAAUGUCGAAACGAAAGAAAAAUUAUCCGGAUCCAAUGGAAAUUGUUAAUAAAUAUGGUGCUGAUGCAUUAAGAUUGUAUUUGAUAAAUUCACCAGUUGUAAGGGGUGAGAAUUUGAGAUUUAAAGAAGAGGGCGUGAGAGAUGUGAUAAAGGAUGUUUUUCUUCCAUGGUAUAAUGCAUUUCGUUUUCUUAUACAAAAUAUUGAGAGAUAUGAGAAAGCGGAAAAUAUUGUCUUUCAAUAUCACAGUCUUGAGGAUAAUAAGAAUACAAAUGGUAAUAUUAUGGAUAGAUGGAUUAUUUCUUUUACUCAAUCGCUUCUUGAAUUUUUAAAACAGGAAAUGAGUGCCUAUAGAUUGUACACAGUUGUUCCAAGAUUAAUAAAAUUUAUCGAUAAUUUGACAAAUUGGUACGUUCGCAUGAAUCGAAAACGUAUAAAGGGUGACACUGGUUCUGAUGAUUGUCAACGUGCAUUAAAUACACUUUUCUAUAUUGUCUACACAAUGUGUCGUGUCAAUGCACCAUUUACACCGUUUUUAACUGAAUUUAUGUUUCAAAGAUUAAGAAAAUUAUUGCCAAUGACAAAAACUCAUGACAGUAUACAUUAUGAAAUGAUUCCAAAUUCAUCGCCGAAAUUUAUUAAUCAAGAUAUUGAAAAAGCUGUGGCAUGUAUGCAAACGGUGAUUGAUUUGGGACGAAUUGUUCGCGAUAGAAAAACAAUGCCAGUUAAAUAUCCAUUGCCUGAAAUUGUUGUCAUUAAUCAAGAUAGUCGUGUUAUUGAUGAUAUUGUUUCAUUGACGCCUUAUAUUCUUGAGGAAUUGAAUGUGAAGAAAUUAACAGCAACAACGGAUAAGGAGAAAUAUGGAGUUACACUUAAAGCUGAGCCUGAUCAUAAAAAUCUUGGUGCACGUCUUAAGGGUGAAUUUAAAGCAGUAAUGGCGGCAAUUAAAGAUCUUUCGAAUGAUGAAUUACAAAAAUUUGUCAAUAAUCAGAAUAUUGUUGUUUUGGGUCAUACAUUGGAAAAGGAUGAUCUUCGUUUGAGUUACAGUUUUUCGGGACCGGCUGCUGAACAAUUGUCAAAACAAUAUGAGGCACAUUGUGAGGGUAAUGUUUUAAUUUUAUUGGAUGUCACACCCGAUGAAAUGAUGUUGAAUGAAGGUUUAGCGAGGGAGAUAAUUAAUCGUGUGCAAAAAUUACGAAAAAAAGCACAACUCGUUCCAACUGAUGAAGCAACUGUUUAUUAUGAUAUUAAGGAUAAAAAUAGUACUUUGGCAAAAGUUGUUGAUACACAUCAGAAAUUUAUUGAGACAACAACAAAAACUCCACAAAUGAAUUAUUCUAAAUUUCAAAAUGAGGGCAAUAUUAUUAUUUUAGAAGAAAUGCAAAAUAUUAAAGGCGUUGAAAUGAAUCUUGUUUUGGUGAAAGGAAAUUCAAUGUGUCAAUUGACAAAUGGCAUUAAACCAUUUGUGGAAUUUGUUAAUGUUCAUCUUGUCAAUUGUUCGCCUCGAUUUGGUGCCAAUAGUCAACAGGGGACAAUUUUAUUGAGAGAUUUUAAAAAUAAUUUGACAAUUAAUUAUGAGAAAUUUUGUGAAACUGUGGAAAAUAUUUUUGGUAUUUAUGGAUGUAAUUAUCAAUUGUAUGCAAAUAAUGAGAAACUUGGUGAGAAUACAAAUUUUCUUCAAUUACAUGGUGAAAAUAUUUUUAUUGUUCGUGAUGGUGAUGUACCACCAAUUGAUAAUUGUAAAUCAAAUGAUAAAACUUUGCCAAUUUGUAAGUUUAUUAAUUUCAAAACAUGUGGUAAAGAAGGGACAAUUCUUUUGGAAAAUCCUCAAGGAAGUCAUGUAUUAAAUGUUGAGAAUUUAAAAGAUAGACUGAUUUCAUUAUGUGGAAUGAAUAAAAUUUCAAUUCCUCAUUGUAAAAAAUCGGUGUUUGAAUUGCAUGGUACUGUUGUAGAAUUUUGAUGAAAUCAAUUAAUCAUUAUUGUUUAUUUCGCAAAUUCAUUUAUAAUAAUUUAAUUAAAAUUCGUCUCUAUAGUUAAAUGAAUUGGAUUCAUUUUUAAAAGAACUAAUUUUCAUUAACUUAUAAAAAAAAUAUUUUUUUUUUUUUCAUCAACAACAGUCUGUAAAUAAUUCUGACAUUUUAUUAACUUAUUAAACAUACAAAAUAAAU